UCUUUUACUUGAGCUUGGCUAUUAAUUUCAGCCUGCCCAGUUGUAGAAUUGAGUCUCAUUGUGAAAUAAUGCCUGUAUGUCAAGUCUCUGUUUGCGAAGCUUGCAUAAUCAAAAAUAUAAGUCAUAUUGUAGUCUUUGUCAUAUUCUAGAGUUUGAUUUCUCCCAUCUCUUAUUAACUUCAAUGGUCUUUAAUAUUCCACAUAACCAUCUGGCAAUGAUUUUGUGAUCUUAUGUCCUGCAUAUCCUGGUUCGGUAUAGUUAUUGAUAGUGCCAUUUCCCGAUAUGUAAAUGUCAAAGCUUCUGUGAGUUAGAGUUGUCUCUCCAAUGAUGGUAAAUUGAUCUCCAUAAAGAUCUGCAUCGUCAGCUUAGUUCUGAACUCCAACCCAAAGGAAAUAUCCGACAGGGAUAGUAAUGCUGAUGUCCAUACCACCAGCAGACAGAGUAUCUGU